CUUCUUCUGUUCAUUUCUUGCUGCACCUGGCGUGCAUUUUAUUGUCUCUACAUAUAAUAUAUUUAUUUCGCGCGGUCUGUUUUUUCUUUCCAUCGAGACAUCAUGUCUCAAAUGUACAAACCCCUUCCGGUCGAGGAAGACGCAGUCGCAAGCCGCGAUACAUCGACCGAUCACAGUUCCGACGAGAAGUUCGAAUGGAGAACGAAUAAACGGAGAACGCUGCGAAGUAUCGCAAACUCCAACAUAGCGUGGAUCAUACAGACUGCCAUGUUCUCCGUUUCCGUCACACUCUUCGCCGUCACCAUGUGCAGCAGAGCGUCGGAAAAUGUCACAAAAGUGCCCACCACGUGGUCACCCGUCAACGAAGCCAUCAAAUACGAAAUCAAACACUUUGAUCUCGCGCCCAUCCCCGAUGGCCCCUUCGUAGGCAAAGGCGACGACGUAGACGCAAUGUGGGAGUGGGCAACAGACGGCAUCCCCGACACAAUGGUCACCAAAUCCGAGCUCCUCAAAAUGAACAUGGACCCCACAGGUGCGCUCGAAGUCACGGACCCCAAAACCGGCCGCCACGGCUACCGCGUCGCAAUCGAAGUUUUCCACCAACUGCACUGUCUCAAUCUGCUCCGCCAGGCGAACCACAAAGCCCACUACGCACCGCUCGGCGGCGACACUGCUGCCGAGCCGGAAGAUCUCCACGGCCAUUUGGAUCAUUGUAUCGAUGCUUUGAGGCAGUUUGUCAUGUGCCAAGGCGAUACUAAUGUUUUCCCGUUCCGGUUUCCGUUCAAUGAUGGGGACCCUUGGCCAGAUUAUUCGAGUCCAAGGAUGUGUAGGAAUUUUGACAAGAUUCGGGAUUGGGCUGUUGAGCAUGGGGUUGAGAGGGGGGUUGACGAGCCGGAGCAUUAAAGAGAGUGUUUGGUAGCUGGACUUUGCGGUAGUCUUGAUUCCUUGUUUAGUAUAUAUAUUGAGAAAACAGGAGGGGGAACAUUGCGAGAAGUGCUGGUGUACAUACAAUCAACUAUCUCAUCGAAAAUCCGCUCCUCCGACUUUCCACUCUAAUUCCAUUCCAGCGCGAAUGACAAAAGCCAUUCUUAUAUACUCAUCUCUAACCCCCCAAACCUGC